AUGCCCAGGGCGGGCGUCACUGCGGCUUCUCAAAGUUCUCAUGCUCUUCAGCUCUUGUCGUCCGCGUCGGCGAUCCACCGCAGCCAGUUCCCUCCUCCUCCAGAUUUCUUGUUCGGGACCUCCACUUCUGCUUACCAGAUUGAAGGUGGAUAUUUGGAGGACAAGAAAAGUCUAAGCAAUUGGGAUGUCUUCACUCAUAAGCGAGGCACAAUUCAGGAUGGAAGCAACGGCGAUAUUGCUGCUGACCACUACCAUCGUUACAUGGAAGACAUUGAGCUGAUGCAUUCCUUGGGUGUCAACUCAUACCGAUUCUCCGUAGCAUGGACAAGAAUUCUGCCAAGAGGCCGAUUUGGGGAUGUUAAUCUAGAUGGUGUAGCGUUCUACAAUGCCAUUAUUGAUGCUCUUGUACUAAAAGGAAUACAACCAUUUGUUACAAUAUUUCAUUACGACACUCCACAUGAACUUGAAGAGCGAUAUGGUGGAUGGUUGAGUCCCGAAAUUCAGAAGGACUUUGGUUACUUUGCAGAAGUAUGCUUCAAAAUGUUCGGCGACCGAGUAAAAUUAUGGGUUACAUUGAAUGAGCCUAACUUAAUGGCAAGAUUUUCUUAUAUGAAUGGAUGGUACGCACCUGGUCAUUGUUCCAAGCCAUUUGGAAACUGUGUCUUUGGAAAUUCUUCAACAGAGCCAUACAUAGCAGGUCAUAAUAUGAUACUUUCACAAGAAAAUGCCGUGAGCAUUUACAGAAAGAACUACCAGGAGAAACAAGGUGGAUAUAUUGGAAUUUCUGUCAGCGCGAAGUGGUAUAAACCAUUACGAAAUAACACAGCUGAUCUACUAGCAGUUGAGCGGGCUAUAUCUUUUAAUGUUCCAUGGUUUCUGGACCCUAUAAUUUUUGGUGAUUAUCCUCCAGAGAUGCGCAAAAUCUUGGGUCCAAACCUACCUGAGUUCACCUUAAAGCAGAGGGAGAAACUACGUGUAACAAAAUUGGAUUUCAUCGGACUAAAUCAUUAUUCAACAUGGUAUGUGAAAGACUGCAUCUUUUCAUCGUGUGAACUGGAUCCUACCGUUGGGGAUGCACGAGUGGCUAGUUUGGUUGAAAGAGAUGGGGUGCAUAUCGGUAAAGAGACGGGAGCGCCAUUCUUUUAUGACGUUCCACAUGGGCUGGAAGAGGUGGUUAUGUAUUACAAACAAAGAUACAAUAAUACAGCAACAUAUAUCACAGAAAAUGGUUAUGCUCAAGCAAGCAAUAGCAGCCUGGCUGCUAAUGAUUUUACCAGUGACACAGGAAGAAUAAAUUAUAUCAGUGGCUACCUCAAAUUUUUAGCGUCUGCAAUAAGGAAAGGAGCUGAUGUACGUGGUUACUUUGUGUGGUCUCUUAUUGACAACUUUGAGUGGACGUUUGGAUACACAGAAAGGUUCGGGCUCUACCAUGUCGACUUCAGGACACACAAGAGGACACCAAAAUUAUCAGCUCAAUGGUACAGGAAGUUCCUCAAAGGUUCACUUCUGAAGAGUGAAUUUCAAAAUGGAUCCCAGCUGCAGCAGUGCACUUCUUGAGGCACUCGUCACUGUUUUCCUUGUGCCUGACUAUUAUGUAAAGAUCAUGCUUAACAUGUUGAUCGGCCUAUAAUUUGUUCUUCUGCGCGCUAAAACUGGAUAUAAUAUGGAACUGGCAACUGGAUGUAAGGGGAAAUAUUUUUUUUGAUGCUUAGUCUUGCAGAAAUGCAAUCCAUGCGUGUCAGACAAUGUGAAGUUGUACUUGCAAGGCAUCUGUAUGUGUGCAAAUAAAUGACCAGUAUUCAGGUCAGUGUUCUAAGAACAUGGGCAUAUUUAUGCGUC